AUGGCUUCCGCGAAUUCUAACACCUUGUUCGGUGGUGGUGAUUUACGACCGACCACGAAAACCUCCGGUCUCUUGCCUACAAACAACUCAACAGGCGUUUUCGGGAAUAUUUCCACCUCACAAGCCCCGUCCAGUGCAUCUGCAUUUGGAGCACUAUCGCAAUCUCAGCAGCCACCUGCUCAGUUUUCGAUGCUUGGACAGAGUCAGACGCAAGGUACUGUGACGCAAUCGUCACGGUCCUCCAGCCAAACAACUCAGCCUGCAUUCUUUAAUAGCUUGUUGGAGCGUGGUAAAAAAAGGCCCCUUUCUGCCGUUGGACAAGGCAGCAAUUUUGAACAAUUGCCCAGUCUUCAGUUGGGACUUGAUGAUAUCCGGAGGAAGGCCAGAGAGCUUGGCACUGGGGGCUCAAAUGAUCCGCAGUCGCAUGGAUCAAGCAGUAAAGCCCAUUACCUACUAGCAGCGUCGGGUAUCUCUCCCGGUCAUGCGUUUCGAGACCUCAAGGAUUUAGGCUCCCAGUCACCGACGGGAGUGCGCCCAAAGGAACAGGAAGCUAUAUUUGAUCCAGACAAUCAAAAAUACCUGCGAUGUAUACAGCAGCGCGGUCGCCAAGUGAUGAUUGCCGAAAGUCUCGCUCGGACACAUAAAGAUUUCGACGCAUUCUUAGAGGGGAAAGUAGACCUAGACUGGGAGGAACAACGCCGCAAGAUCUUCCAACACUUUGGUCUAACUCAAAAAAAUGAAAACACCGGUGAUACAAAGGGUUCAUUUGGCCGGUCACUGAAUCAGUCAAAACAAUUCGACCCUAAAUUGGCCCAUAUCCCUUCGAGCAUGUCUCGUAGAAGUGUCUUUGGACGCUCAGGGUUGGAAAAAUCGGUUAUAGGAACGCCUGGAGCGGGAGCAGCUAGUCGUCAACUUUUCGAAGACCCCGCUGAACGCACCGAAGGUUCAGGUAUUCACUCUUCAGACCGUCGGUUUUACCGGGAGAAGAUAGGCCAAUAUGCAGUUAAAGUCCAGAUGUUAAACUCUGCUAGGCUCAAGGCGGAAACUUUCCCCAUUCUUCAUGAAUUUGCAGAAGUUGAAACAAAUGUUGGGGGGGAUGUUCCUCGUCAACUUUUUGAUGCUUACCGAGCCUUGAUAAGCAUCGUUGGAGAAUCUCCGAAAGCUUCAAGUGCAUCGGAAGCUGUGACAAUAAAAGAGCGUCAAUUUGCUGAGGAGUAUUUGGACGAAGCCCCAAAUUCACGCCGAGCAACGAAUCUGAGAAAGCGCAUCGUUGAGGGCUCUAGACUGUUCCUCGAGAACUUGUUCUAUAACGAGGUUGAAAACAUGAUCUCUAAGAACCCUCGUGAAGCCCAGCUUGGAGGCAUACCGACUGUUAUUAAUAAAGUUCGCGCUUAUAUUAGACUCAGAGCAGUAAGAAAGGACCUUGCACCUGAUGGGGCUGAGCUACAAAUAGUUGGCCAGGAUUAUUGCUGGAUUCUGGUAUUCUAUCUCCUCAGGUGUGGAUUCGUUACUGAGGCAGCAGAAUAUGUAAGCCAAGAUCCUGGGUUCCGAUCCCUGGACCAUAAGUUUGUUACAUAUAUGACAACAUACGCGCAAAGUAGACGAUUGCCGAGAGAUAUGCAACAAAGGAUUAACGGCGAGUACCAGCAACGGUCCCGCAACGCUCCCGACAAUACGGUUGAUCCUUAUCGGAUGGCCUGCUACAAGAUUAUCGGGCGCUGUGAGCUUAGCCGCAGACGCUUGGAGGGGGUGAAUCAAACGGUUGAAGACUGGAUGUGGCUGCAAUUUUGCCUUGCCAGAGAAGAUGACCGAGCUGAGGAAGUUGCUGGUGAUGUUUUUGGACUUGACGACAUCCAAACAGACAUAACCGAAAUUGGACAGCGUGUCUUCGGCAAGGGUCAAGAGGGGCCUGGUGGCUACGGAACUUUCUUCCUUUUACAAAUACUAGGGGGAAUGUUUGAACAAGCCGUCUCUUACCUUGGGUUUUAUGCUCCAGUUAGUGCUGUACAUUUUGCAAUUGCCCUCGCUUACUAUGGUCUUCUUCGUGUAUCCGAUUUCUACACUUCUGGCGAGGAAAUCUUAUCCUAUACUGUCAAACAGUUUCCACAGAUUAAUUUCUGCUAUCUUGUCACUCAUUACACAAGGGAAUUUCGCACGGGCUUCGUCGAAGCAGCGAUUGACUACUUUUCUUUACUUUGCCUCAAUGCUGACCUUCCAGGGUCAUUGGGCAAGUCCCAGGCUUCUGUGUGCCACGAAGCUUUGCGGGAAUUUAUCUUGGAGACUCGGGAUUUCGCCAAACUGCUAGGUGACAUACGGUCUGAUGGAACGAGAAUCAAGGGAUUGAUUGAAACACGAAUUAACUUGAUCAAAUUGAUCAAUCAAGAUGAGUUUCUGAAAGCAAUCACUGUACAAGCGGCGGCUGUCGCCGAUGACAAAGGAUUGAUCACGGAUGCUGUGCUUUUGUAUCAUCUAGCUGAAGACUAUGACCGCGUUAUUGAUAUUAUUAAUAGGGCUUUGUCCGAUUCUGUGGCUGUUGAGUUAGGCGGCGCAGCCUUGAAGUUGCAACCUUUACGGCCACGAUCCCACCUGGGGGACAAUUUCCAAGGUUUGGGGCAGAAUACACCUGCUGAGCCAGGCAGCAGUCUCAGCCUGACAGCAGUGGAGGAUCCAGUUGUUUUGGCAAGGAAUAUGAUCGAGCUUUAUAAUACAAAUGCCUUGUAUUACCAGCAGAUUCGUCAAGUCAAUCGUGACACAUGUGGCUUAUUGCUUCGUAUGAUGGAAGCAAAGGCGGAAGUCAAGGCAGGGAAGUGGACAUUGGCCCUAGAUGCCAUUAAUGCGCUGAACAUUCUUCCGUUGCGUGCGAGAGGCUCUGUCCCGCUCAUUCGAAGUGCAGCUCAAGCAUUUUCAUCCUAUCCCCCCAUCAUUUCACGUAAUGUCGGGCAUAUUAUAAUGUGGAGCAUUACAUGCAUCGGCCACGAAAGGCACCGGUUAGACUCUGGGGCUUAUGAAAAUGAAACUAGGCAAGGAUUGGCGGAAAACUUACUCGUCAUGGCUAAAGAUUUAAUGAUUUUCUCCGGUAUGGUUAAGUACAAAUUACCACCAAGGGUGUAUGAGACUCUUGCUCGCGCCGGGGCAGACAUCGGGGCAUAUUAG